UUAACUAUAAGAAAAGUCUGAAGACGGAAAUAAUAAAACAAUUUAAAAACAUGAUAUUGUCUUUUUUAAUCAUUAUUUUACACCACUGUAAGGAAACCCAAUAUGAGGUGGUAAUAUUAGAAUUCUGCUGUAUCCAUAAAAGAGAAGUUUUCUUAAAAACGUGUUUCCUAUUCCAUUUCACUUCAUGACGGCUCCAGGGUGCUGAUCAGGACAAAAGAAAAGCUGUAAGAAGACGCGUAGCUAAUUACCUGGAUAAAAGGACUCAUCGAUUGGUCAGUUUUUUUUGAGGGGUUGACAUGGCUCUGUUAUUUGGUAUUUUAUAAGGCGACAAGAUCUCUACAGUUUGAAGAAACUAGAGGAUGAAUUAUCCUACCAUUCCAGCUCUGCGCUUUAUUGACCUGGACGCCAUCACAAAACAAUGUGUAGAGAUCCUGUGUGCUGAAAACCCUAAUGUAUGGGGUCAUAGGAUUAUUGAAAUACUAGCUCAGGAUACUCUGAGUCAGAUAAGGCCACUAAUAGUGGAAAGAAUCUGCUUUGCACUUGGAGCCUACCUUAAUUUACCCUCUGUGGAAAGUGGCGAAGUCUACAACACUGACAGAGGCUCUGUGUAUCAAAACUUUCCCCCUGUGGAGUUUACACACAAUCUACCCUUUGAGGUAACUGCAGACCCCCUGAGGACAGCCGUCGCCCUCCCCCGGGACUCAGAUAACCAGGCAUACACCCCCCUUUUCAACGCCCCCCUGCAACCGCUUGGGUCUGAAACCUUUAUGCAGAUUCCGCCAGAACUGCAGGCCGAUUUUUACACUUACAGUGCCUAUCUGGAUGACUUUGAGUUACAACCAGACAUGCUCAUAUCGAGUCAGACAGACUCAAGCCCUAGUCCUCAGUUCGAGGGUGAUUCAGGCCGAUAUAUCACUCCUCACAGAUCCCCUCCUGACGAGAUAUUACCCCGAUCAGUCAAGCUAUUACCAGGUGGACCCCCACUGCUGUUAUUGCCAACUUUAUGGACACACCCACUGAAUAAGCUGGAGGGUCUCAUGUAAAUUGAUGCCGAUGUAACCGACCGGUACGUUUCUUCAGCUGUGACAAAUGUAUUUCUGAUUUUGGUUUCAUAAACGGUCAAACAUGGAUGAUUUAGCAGUUAGAGAAUUUUCUUUUCUUCCGUCUAUAAACGACAUAAAUGAACUAAGCAGUGAUGAGGAAUUCGUGUAUGGAGAUAUGUCAUUUCCUCAGUGUUCGGACAAUAUCAAUGAGUUAAACGACGAAGAACCUACCACCUCAUCACAAACAAACUCAAGCCAUCCCAUAACCUUAGAUAGCGCUUUGGAAUGUGUAUUAGCAUACUAUCAAAACUCUGACACUUACCCCGGUCUCGGGCUUUUAAAUCAGCUCGCAGACGGAGUAAGCCAUCUGAAUGGAGUAAAUAGCAUAGCUUCAACCAUUACAGAAGCACCAGUUUCCAUCGUGCAGAAUGGUGAACACGUUAGUGACUCAGAAUCACCAGUUUGCUCCAUGCAAAGUGGUAGACAUGUUGAUCAGAAUGACACCCCGAAAGCUUCAGAAUCACCACCCCCCUCGUUCCAACAUGGAGGGGGGGCUAACCGAAAUGCCACACCAAGUGUUUUGUCUCGACCUGUAUUCAAUAACACAGAACUGCGUCAGUCUCUAGUCCUACCCCCUCCUAAUAAUGACGAAGCAGACUUUACAUCCUAUUAUGGGGUUCUGAUGAACAAUGUACAGGAUAUGGUAAAUGAUGCUUUUUCACGGGCAGAUAGGGAAGAUAUUGUUCAGGUUGAGCUCCGGGGCGAGCAGCUACAGGCUAAUGUGUCAGCCAUUUUGAAUGCUAAUGAUGAUAAUCUAGCUGAUUUUGAGGAGGCCCUGUUCAAUGCUGUACAGUCAAAUUUGGAGGUAAUGGCAGACAGUAACCUCGAGUUAGUAGUGCAAAUUGUACAAUCCCCCCGUGGUGGUGGUGCUAAACGACUGGCUGGUAAAAUGUUGGACAAUGAGAUAGUUAAAAAGAAGAGGCGUUUUCUGUAUGUGGUACAGAAUCCGUUCAACCAGCUGUGUUUUGCUAUUAAUUUAGCACUGUUGUUGCAUGACAACCUCACUGAUAAAGAAGGUUUUGAAUGUGGUAAAUAUAUUCAGAGGAUGGUGGGUUUGACAGAUCAGACAGCUGUGACAUUCAACGACAUUGUUAAAUUCAAAGAGAGUUAAAAAUGCACGAUUGUGGUAUUUUACAGAGGCGAUGAAGAUCGUACUCACUGUAAAUUCCAGACAGAGGGUCCCAAACGAGACAAAACUGUGUUUUUGUUUCUCUUCAAAAAUCACUACUAUGGGAUUAAAAACUUGAAGGGGUUUUUAGGCUCUCCAUAUGUCUGUGAACAUUGCUACACAGGCUACAGCUCUCAAUGGAGUCAUUCCUGUACUGGUCAUUGUUAUGUCUGUCUUGACCCCUCAUGUACUCUGGACGAGUUUAAACUAGGGCUGUCAGUCGAUUAAAAUAGUUAAUCGCGAUUAAUCGCAAAUUAAUCGCAC